AUGGUCUAUAAACGAGGUUCAGAAGGCUAUUCGCUGGCGGAGCGCCUGCCCUUCGCGGUGCUCAGCAAAAUAUUCGCCCACCUGUCUCUUCAUGACCUCUAUUCGUGCCACACGGUCUGCCGACACUGGUACACGUACCUUGCGAACGACAACGCGGAUGUGUGGCAGUGCAAAUGUCAGAAGCUGGUGCCCGUUUACGCCGUGACCGACCCAAAGCUGUUCGCUGAAUGUUCCUCUCCAAAAGCAAAACUGCGGUGCAAACUUGGGGUCUAUGUCUGGGAAAGCAAACAGGCAAUACUGCACGCGUGGAACCCGGCUGACUGUUCCCGGAACGCAUACAUCAAACAGAACGGCUUUACGUUUCACAGAAAUCCGGUCGCACAGAGCACGGACGCGGCGCGUGGCAAACGAGGCUUCAUCAGCGGACGCCACUGCUGGGAAAUCUGGUGGGAAGGACCGUUAGGAACGGUCGCGGUGAUCGGCGUCGCAAGUCGGCACGCUGCCCUGCAGAGCUUUAGCUAUCUGCCGCUGCUCGGCAGUGACGAACAAGGCUGGGGCUGGAACCUGGUCGAUAACACGCUGUGUCACGACGGUAAGAACGUUGGCACCUACCCGGCUACCAACAAUCCGGCACGCUAUCAAGUCGGAGAGAAAAUACGCGUGAUUUUAGACUGUGACAAUCAUCUGCUUUACUUCGAAAAAGGGAACGAAUUCUUAGGCAUAGCCUUUAAUCAGCUGGCACCGAUUCGGCUGUACCCCUGCAUGUCGGCGGUUUUUGGAAAUUCAGAAAUCACAAUGGUGUAUUUGGGAUCACCGAUCGAUGGAUAG